GAGGACAAAACAGCUGCCAGCGAGCCCAGAGCAGCAUCCUGCAUCUCUGCAGAGCCUUUUGCUUAGGAACAUUGAGGAAACAGAAACCAAACAAAAUAUGUUCUUCAGAUUCUGGUGGCUUUUGUGGAUACUUGAACACCAUGAGUUUUUAGCAGAAAAUCUCAGGGAAGAAAAAAGAUAUGGAUUGAGAAGACCAAAACCUAAACACAUUCUGUCAAAUACUGUAGAAAAAUAUCCCAGCCCAAGUGAUCAAGAUGAAGACUGCAUUCUGGAAAUUGCUUUUUUACUGGACAGCUCCGAAAGUGCUAAGGACUAUAAUCAUGAACAGCAGAAAAAAUUUGUACUGGAAACAGUAGACAGAAUGAAAACUCUGCAGCUUAGUUCUGGACGUACCCUUAGCUGGAGGAUGGCCUUACUUCAGUACAGCAGCACUGUUUACAUAGAGCAAACUUUCCAUGACUGGAAAGGUCCUGAAGCAUUCAAAACCAAAAUUGCUCCCAUCACCUACAUAGGUCAUGGCACCUACACAACUUAUGCUAUAACUAACCUUACACAACUCUACAUGACUGAAGGGACUCCAAAUAGUGUUAAAGUAGCCUUGCUCUUCACCGAUGGAGUAGACCAUCCAAGAAACCCGGAUAUUUUUGCAGCUACAGCUGAUGCUAAACACCAAGGAAUUGUAUUUUUCACAAUGGGAAUGACCAGAGUGGCUGAGGAGAAUAGCAAUGCUGCCAAGCUCCGGCUCCUGGCCAGCGUCCCAGCAUCCAGGUUCGUUUUCAACCUCCAGGAGAAAGAAACUGUGGAGAAGGUACUCAAAGAAAUGAAAGAUCUGUCUGAGGAAGAGUGUCCCCAGGCUGCCACUUGUAACUGUGAGAAGGGAGAAAGAGGCCUUCCUGGCCCUGCUGGUAAAAAGGGUCGCACUGGGGAUGAUGGAGCUCCAGGACUGAAAGGAGCAAAGGGGGAGCAAGGUCUUAAUGGAAUCCCAGGACGAGAUGGAAUAGAGGGGAAAUCUGGAUAUAAAGGAGAGAAGGGUGAAAGAGGUGAAUGUGGAAUUCCGGGGAUAAAAGGAGACAGAGGUCCUGAAGGUCCCGUAGGCCCCAGAGGAACAAGAGGGCUACAGGGUCCACAAGGACAAUCUGGAGAUCAAGGGCCUGAAGGCCUACAAGGAUCAAAGGGUGAAAGAGGUCUCCCUGGGCCACCUGGCUUGCCUGGAGAGACUGGAAUAGGACUGCCAGGCCCAAAGGGUGACACCGGUUUGACAGGAAGACCAGGUCCUGUUGGCCCACCAGGAGUUGGUGAGCCAGGACUUAUGGGGCCUCAAGGACCACAAGGUGUUCAAGGAGAAAGAGGUUCACCAGGAGAAGGGCUUCCAGGAGCAAAGGGAGACCGUGGUUUUGAUGGACCAAAAGGCCCUCGUGGACUUCCAGGCAUCAGCAUAAAAGGUGAAAAGGGUGAAUUCGGUCCUCCUGGUUUACCUGGGCCAAUUGGAUUACCUGGAAUCGGAAUUCAAGGAGAGAAGGGAGUGGAGGGCCCAAAAGGACCACCUGGCUCUAGAGGGCUACCAGGACAGGGAGUACCCGGACCAAAGGGUGAACAAGGCUUGCCAGGAGAGACUGGAGUGCCAGGAGAAAGAGGUAUUGGAGAACCUGGUUCUAAGGGUGAGCCAGGCCCUUCAGGACUGGCAGGUCUGCCUGGACUUCCAGGAGAAGACGGAGCCCCUGGACAAAAGGGUGAACCAGGGUUACCUGGUCUCAGAGGUCCUGAGGGUGCUCCAGGGUUUGGAAUACAGGGAGAAAAGGGCGAUCAAGGUCAGAGAGGAACACGUGGAUUAACAGGACCAACUGGACUGCCUGGACCUGCUGGAGCUAAAGGAGAGCCAGGUGCACCAGGACGUCCUGGAAUGCCAGGCCCUCCUGGAAGAGCUGUGCCUGGACCAAAGGGUGACAUUGGGUUACCUGGUCUUGCUGGACCAAUUGGAGAACCAGGUUUUGGGCUUCCUGGGGCAAAGGGUGACCGAGGUCUUCCAGGACUACCUGGGCCCUUUGGGCCAAAAGGAGAUGGUUAUCCUGGCCCACCUGGCUUGCCAGGCCUUCCUGGGAUUCCUGGUGAACAAGGGCCAGAUGGAGUUGGACUACCAGGACCUAAGGGUGAUCCCGGUAGUAGAGGACCAAUUGGUCUCCCAGGUCCCCCAGGAGAAGGCCUGCCAGGACCAAAAGGAACCAUAGGACGACCAGGGCCACCUGGCUCUCUGGGACCUCCUGGUGAAGGUAUUCAAGGAAUUAAGGGGGAACAAGGAAUUCAAGGAAUGCCAGGACCACGAGGCCCCCCUGGAGAAGGGCUUUUGGGACAGAAGGGAGAUCGAGGAGCUCCAGGUGAAAAGGGGAAAAAAGGAGAAAAAGGUGAUUUAGGUGACCCUGGUUUAUCUGGAGAACCUGGCAAAAUUGGACCAAAGGGAGAGCAAGGCCUAACAAGAGAAGAUAUAAUUAAAUUAAUUAAAGAGAUAUGUGGUUGCGGUAUUAAAUGUAAGGAAAUUCCUAUGGAGCUUGUAUUUGUGAUUGACAGCUCUGAGAGUGUGGGACCAGAAAAUUUUGAGAUUAUCAAGGACUUUGUAACGGCUUUAGUAGACAGAGUAACUGUAGGCAGAAAUGCUACCAGAGUUGGCCUUGUGUUAUACAGUUUAGAAGUUCGGCUCGAAUUCGGUCUCAACAAGUAUACAACUCAACAGGACGUUAAGCAAGCAAUUAGAAAAAUGCAGUACAUGGGAGAAGGCACUUACACAGGAACCGCCAUCCGCAAAGCAACCCAGGAGGGAUUUUUUGGUGCUCGCACAGGAGUGCGGAAGGUAGCUAUUGUGCUAACAGAUGGCCAAGCGGACAAGAGAGAAGCUGUAAAACUAGAUAUUGUUGUUCGAGAGGCUCAUGCAGCAAACAUCGAAAUGUAUGCAAUAGGAAUUGUAAAUACUUCAGACCCAACACAGGUUGAGUUUGUGCGUGAACUAAAUCUGAUUGCUUCAGAUCCAGACCGAGAACACAUGUAUCUCAUAGAUGACUUUAAUACCCUUCCAGCUCUGGAGUCCAAAUUAGUCAACCAAUUUUGUGAAGAUGAACAUGGUACCUUAAUAUACAACCGUAAUGGAAAUGGUGCAAGCAUAAGUGGACCAUCUUUCCAUUCAGUAUCUUCAAGUUCUUUACAUUCCAGACUUCAGAACAACAAUGUUAACAGACAGUCACUUUCAGCACAGACACCUGGAGUAUCUACAGUAGAAAGUUCUCUGAGUCUUGGCGACCUUCCUCCACCAUUAGCUCCGACCCAAGUACCUCCUGUGGUAGUAUAUGAAGCCUAUGAAGAGGAACAAGAAGAGGAAGAACAGUCAUCCUCACUAACAGUGGGCACUAGAGAAAGUAUCCUGGACCUCCGGUGCAAGUUAAGGCUGGAUCAAGGGCCGUGCCGUGUUUAUAUCAUAAAAUGGUACUAUGAUAAACAAGCUGAUGCUUGUGCUCAGUUUUGGUACGGUGGCUGCGAUGGAAAUGCAAACCGCUUUGAGAGUGAAGAGGAAUGUAGAGAGGCUUGUGUACUUUUUUCUGGAGGUAGGAAUUUAUCUCUACAUUAA